CGCUUUUUCUAUUUCGUGCAUGUUGUGGCAAAUUACCAAAAUCAACGGGAACCACAUCUUCGGCUUUUCACGACGACAGGAUUCAGUGUGCAGUUGAAAUGGCUCGACCUCGGCCUCGGGAGUACAAGGCUGGAGAUCUGGUUUUUGCAAAAAUGAAAGGAUAUCCACACUGGCCAGCGAGGAUCGAUGAGCUUCCUGAGGGAGCAGUGAAGCCACCUGCCAACAAAUAUCCCAUCUUCUUCUUCGGGACCCACGAAACCGCGUUCCUCGGCCCAAAGGAUCUGCUUCCAUAUAAGGAGUACAAAGACAAGUUUGGCAAGUCAAAUAAAAGAAAAGGAUUCAAUGAAGGUUUAUGGGAAAUUGAAAAUAACCCUGGAGUGAAGUUCACGGGUUAUCAGGCCAUCCAGCAGCAAAGCUCCUCGGAGACGGAGGGAGAGGGCGGGAACACUGCUGACGCCAGCAGCGAGGGAGAGGAGGGUGAUUCUAUUGAGGAAGAUGACAAGGGGAAACUGAAAGGGGAUAAGAUCGGCUCGAAACGGAAAAAGACCAGCUCCUCAAAGAAGUCCUCAAAGCUGUCCAGGAAGUGCUCCGCGGAGGAGGAGCUGGAUAAGGACGGGAAAGAGGACGACCACAAGAGCAGCUCUGACCCCGGCGACCCCGACAGUGACGUCCAGAACACGGCAGACAGCAAGACGUGCAGUCAAGGGCAGAACCAGCUACUCCGAGAAGAACAUUAAACGUCGCAGAACCGUUCAUCCUGGUUGUUACGCGAUACUGAGAUCACGUGACCAUUGAGAUAACACCACCUCACAAAUUCAGAAGAUCAUAACAACU